UGACAACCUACGACAAUGCUAUAAUUAUCUACAAUAAUAUCAAACUACAAACAAAAGUAUCCAAAGCGCUCCAUUGUGCCAAGGUCUCUGGCCGCUUGAACGUUCUCGUGACAUCAUCCAUAAUUAAUCGAGUUUUGGAAAAAUUCCAUUUAAAAAAGGCAGCAACUUCGCACGUACCAGAAACGUCCUUACAAGAACAUCCAUCACUUAACAAGCAAUCAAAAGUCUCGACCAGCGUCUAUUGCCACGGUAUGGGGAAGUGUUUUAAGAAAAGUGCAGCUAGUGUUGAAGCGUAUCCACCUGGGCGAGCGCAGUCAUUCGCAGGGACUCCCGACAAGUGGUAA